AUGUUGCUCGAACCAUCAGACAUCCAGAGCGAAAUCGCUCAACUUGAGUCCCGCCUCCAGGACAUGCGGGCUCAACUCGACGCCUCUACAUACCCCAGCCCACCUUCCUCCCACCCCGAUACCAAGAUCCCUUGGACAAUGCCUUCAAGCAGUGCCUUUUAUAAUAAUAAGUUCCGCGCGGACGCCGUCCGCUCCUCAUCUCUACACGCCCUCCUCCUCCUCUCCGACUCCGCCCUUCCACUAGGCUCAUUCGCAUACUCCAGCGGGCUGGAGUCCUACCUCGCCCAUCACAAGCCUCAGCGCACCAACCCCGUCACAUCAUUCCACCGCUUCCUCAAACUCUCCAUUGCCUCUCUCGCAAGCACAUCACUCCCCUACGUGCUAGCAGGCUACCGUGCGCCCGAAACCUUAGAAACCCUUGAUAACGAUCUCGACGCUUCAACACCAUGCAUUGUCGCACAGCGUGCAAGCGUGGCUCAAGGCCGGGCAUUAAUUGGAGUAUGGGAGCGCGCAUUCCGAGUUAGCUUCGCUCUGCCCACGGGCACCGAUGCCGGCGCCGACGUCGCGGUUUCAGCAAUUGAUGAAUUCUCCGAUGCAUUAAAGACGACAUAUGAUAAUCAAGAUGAAUUGGGCCCUAUGGGUCACUUUGCUCCGUUGUGGGGUGUUGUCUGUCGAGCUAUGGGCUUGGAUUUGCAUCAAACGGCUUAUAUCUUCGUUUUGAACCAUGCCAAGGCUGUUCUAAGUGCUGCAGUGCGGGCUUCUGUGAUGGGACCAUACCAGGCGCAGAAUAUCCUGGCGAGUCAGACAUUGCAGGAUACAAUUAUGUCGCGCAUUGAGCGCGAAUGGGAGACGGAAGUUGAGCAGGCGGGCCAGGUUGUUCCGGCGCUGGAUUUAUGGGUUGGCAGACACGAAUUGUUGUAUAGUAGGAUCUUUAACUCAUAA